AUGACUCCCAGUAUAGAGCUAGUUGACAUUCCCACAUUUGCAACCACACAGCUUGCUCUCUUAGACCAAGAGCUCCAGACCGAGAUUAAUGAGACAAGCACACUCAUCUCCAACCACAGCCCUACGGCCCUUCAGCGCUCCGGUCUUGCCCUUGUAAACCUCGUUGUCUCGGGCCAACGCACCGGUCUCGGAGGCCGAACAGUUCUUGAACUUUCUCCAGAUGCCGCUACAGGGUCAUCCGAUGAGUUACCAGAGCAUGGCCUACGCACGGGAGACAUCGUGCUUGUCGCUGAGCAGCCCGCAGGUAGCGCCAAGAAGCGUGAGGUGAAAGACCUGGAAAAGAAAGGUGCCAGAGGAGUUGUUACUAGGGUGACUAGAGGAUGGGUUGCUGUCGCGAUUGACGAGGGAAAGGAAGAGAUUGCCUUUACAGGAAGGGUAUGGGCUGUCAAGUUGGCGGACGAGGUGACCUAUAAAAGAAUGAACUGGACGAUGGAGAAACUGCACAAGAUGAACGAGUCAGAAUACUCCAGUUUCAUCAGGGUGCUCUUUGGCUUAUCAAGCCCGUCACCAGUUGCUGCAGACUUGGCAAAAGAUGAAGACGUGGGAAACCUUGAGUGGCUUGACCCAACACUCAAUGAGUCACAGAAAGAUGCAAUUCGAUUUUCACUCGCAUCUCGGGAAGUGGCUCUAAUCCACGGCCCUCCAGGAACUGGCAAAACUCACACUCUCAUAGAGCUGAUUCUCCAGAUGAUCAAGCUGAACCAGAGAGUCCUCGUCUGCGGGCCUUCCAAUAUCUCUGUUGACAAUAUCGUUGAGCGGCUAGCCCCUCACAAGGUUCCCAUUCUUCGUUUGGGCCAUCCUGCUCGCUUACUGCCUUCUGUUGUUGACCAUUCACUCGAUGUUCUCACCCAGACAUCAGAGGCUGGUGCUAUCGUAAAAGACAUCCGCUCAGAAAUGGAUACCAAGCAGGCUUCAAUCAAAAAGACAAAGAGCGGCAAGGAGCGCAAAGCUAUCUACCAUGACCUAAAAGAACUACGAAAGGAAUUUCGUGAGAGAGAGCGUCGGUGUGUUAGCACCCUCAUUGGCGGCAGCAAGGUCGUCCUGGCAACACUGCAUGGAGCAGGAGGUUACCAGCUACGAAACGAAGAGUUUGAUGUUGUCAUCAUUGACGAGGCCAGCCAAGCUCUUGAAGCUCAAUGCUGGGUCCCUCUCGUGUCCGCCAAGAAGGUCGUCUGUGCCGGUGAUCAUCUGCAGCUCCCACCGACCAUCAAGUCGACCAAUACCAAGGUCAAGGCGCCAGUCAAAGAUGGCGCCCAAAUCAUAAAAGGUGCCACGCUUGAGACUACUCUGUUUGACAGACUGCUGGCGCUGCAUGGGCCUUCCAUCAAACGCAUGCUAACCACGCAGUAUCGAAUGCACGAGAGUAUCAUGCGCUUCCCUUCUGAUGAACUAUACGACUCCAAAUUGAUUGCUGCUGAUGCAGUGAAACAGCGCCUCCUCAAAGACCUUGAUUAUGAAGUCGAGGACAAUGAGGACACCAACGAACCCAUCAUUUUCAUCGAUACACAGGGAGGAGACUUUCCGGAGAAGAAUGAAGAAGACGACAAGGAUACUCCCAAAAAAGGUAGAGCAAGUUUACAUGGUGAUAGUAAGAGCAACGAGAUGGAGGCAGCUCUUGUGCAACAACACGUGAAGCAACUCGUGGGUGCCGGUGUCCGUCCGGAAGACAUAGCUGUCGUAACGCCGUACAAUGCUCAGCUUGCCAUCCUAGCUCCGCUCAAGGACAAGUUCCCGGGCAUUGAGCUUGGCAGUGUCGACGGCUUUCAAGGCCGCGAGAAAGAGGCAGUAAUCGUGACACUCGUUCGAAGUAACCCUGAAGGCGAGGUCGGAUUCCUCGGCGAAAAGCGGCGUCUCAACGUCGCAAUGACACGCCCCAAGCGAUCUUUGACAGUCAUCGGAGACUCGGAGACUGUUCAAAAAGGGAGCAAUUUCUUGAAGAAAUGGAUGCAGUAUCUCGAAGACAACGCCGACUUGCGGUACCCAGACGCAUCCAACUUGAUGCACGAUUAA